CGCACCGCCAGCCAUUGAGCCCACACCAGCACCUGCCGCUCCAGAAUAACACCCGCAAUCAUGUCCGACGAGGAGGUUGAGACCAAGCCCUUCAAGUUCGUCACUGGCUUCGACGCCCGCUUCCCGAACCAGAACCAGACCAAGCACUGCUGGCAGAACUACGUCGACUACCACAAGUGCAUCCUUGCCAAGGGCGAGGACUUUGCCCCGUGCCGUCAGUUCUACCUGGCCUACCGAUCCCUCUGCCCGGGUGGCUGGAUUGAGCGAUGGGAUGACCAGCGUGAGAAGGGUAUUUUCCCCUGCAAGCUCGACCAGUAGACGAUCCGUCAUAUCAGCGUGCAAUUCUCAGGCCAUCGUUUCUUAGGCUGGCAACAGAUGGGUCUCACACCGGUACCAAUAUUAGAGCACCUGUACCAUAACGAACAAAG